AGCAGCAGGGUGUACUUUUACUGGAGCAGCUCGUCAGGUGCGAUACUGUACAUUCACCUAAGCCUUACUAGAGCAGAAGCAGGGAGACAUGAUUGCGGAUCUAUUUCAUAUGCACAUAUCUUAUAAUUUUCACUUUUUCACCUUCAUAACAGUUCCACAUCUUUUUAAGCAGCGCAGCUGUUGUUGCUCGUCUUUUUUUCAAAUAAACGGAAUUAUAAUGAGAGACCGUGUAUUUCGGGAAAAGUCGACAGUUGGCGCACUGCUCACGGUGGCUCUUGAGUUGUUUCCAGUAGAAGUGACAUUUAGCGCCUCGGACUCGGUUAUUUGCAUAUAAAAACCUCCUGGAAAAUAAUUAAUACACCGUAAUUUUAACCUCCGUAACGUUAUUCUACUUGAAAAACAAAAGGCGAGACUUUUUCCACAUAAAAGAAACGGUUUAAAAAAUGUAUUUUCGUCGCAUUUAAAAAUGUGAUUUCUGUGUAUUGAAGAAACUAAGUUACCUCAACAACAGUUAGUAUUAAACAAUUACACAUACGGGUUCGUAAGACACCGAAAACUUCAAUAGAAUCAACCAAACACUUGGAAUAAUAUGGACCAAUCAUGUCUUGAAAUGUUUGAGUGAGCCAAUUAGAAUUAGUUUGUCUGCACCACGUGGCUACCCAAGUUCGGUUGAGGGAUAGAAGGAAGACUUGUCGAGUGUCCAGAUCAUCAUGAUGACGAGAAUUAGCAUAAUUAGACAAUACGGUUGUGUGGCCUGAACAUCAUCAUCAUCAUGUCCCAAGGUGCCAAACAGCAGCACACUGAACCAGCCUGUAAGGCCAGAGCCAAUGGAGGGAUGCUGAGCAUGGGGGGAGUGAAACAAGAGCAGAGCGAAGCACCUCUUUCCCGUGGCGCCCAGGACCCCACCCAGGAAGAGAAUAUCACCUCUCUGUCUGUGCAACCGGUGAAAAAGCGAGGGUGGCCAAAAGGAAAGAAAAGGAAGAAGGUCCUGCCCAAUGGCCCCAAGGCUCCAGUGACAGGCUAUGUACGCUUCCUCAAUGAGCGACGGGAGCAGAUCCGUGCUCAGCAUCCUGACCUGCCUUUUCCAGAAAUUACCAAGAGACUAGGGGCAGAGUGGAGUCGCCUAGCCCCUCUGGACAAACAGCGAUACCUUGAUGAAGCUGAGCGGGAGAAACAGCAGUAUGCAAGGGAGCUGAAGGAGUAUCAGCAAAGUGAAGCUUAUCAGAUCACUAGCACCAAGAUCCAGGACAAGAAAGUGAAGAGAGAAGAGGUUGCAUCUGUCAUCAUUAAUGCCAACAGUUCUGGACAGAUUGGAAUGAAGGCUUCAGACCUCUCCAACAGAUUUGAUGUUCCAAUCUUCACAGAGGAGUUCCUCGACCAGAAUAAGGCACGGGAAGCAGAACUGCGUCGGUUACGUAAAGCCAACGUGGAGUUUGAGGAGCAAAAUGCCAUGUUGCAGAAGCACAUUGCAGACAUGUACAAUGCCAAGGAGCGCCUGGAGGCAGAGCUGGGCCAGGAUGAGCGGCGCACACAGGCACUGCAAAGGCACCUGCUGGCCGUCAAGCACACCCUUGUUAACAGCCUCGCCACGGUGCCCCUGCCAGGUACAGGAGAGACACCUUCACUGGGGACGCUGGAUUCGUACCUUAGUCGCAUGAGUAACUUACUCGAGAGCAAUCCUCAUGAGCACCGUGCCCUGCUGGCUCAGCUGAAGGAGGUCUUGUCUCACCUGGACAGUGAGAAGUUGUAAGCGAACUGGAUCGUCAUCAUUGUAUGGUGCAGCGCAGUCAGUCCAGUAGGGAGUGGAAUUGCGAGAGCACCCUACCCCUCAUUAGGUUAUUAUCACACAGGGGCUAUACCAAUAAAUGUUAGCUGUAGAAUCAAUUGGGUUAUCAGACCAUGUCAAGUUUACAAUUUGUUGAAAGUCAGGAAGAAAAGAAAAAGUGUGUGUGUGUGUGUGUGUGCGCACUUGUAAAGUGAAGCAGGUGGACUAUUUUGAUGAAAAACUUUUCUGGUUAUAUACUAUAAUUUCAUAAUGUAUUUUUCAGUCUCAGAAGCAUUGUUUCCUUUGUUUAUCUUUUUUUAAGUCUUUGUGUGUCAUUCUGUGGUUUAAACAGGUAUGUGUGUAAAUUUGUAUAUAUACUACAGUACCUAUAGUUCCAUAAAGGAGUCUGCUGUGGAAACACAGAGUUAAGUAGUAAAAAAAAAAAA